AGACGAAAGCGAAUGAAAUAUGGGAGGUUUAGAUGAUCCAGAUGUGUUUCCGCGAUGCAGAGCUGCUCCUGCUGCUGUUCAAUCCGGGUUAACUCAGUUGAAGCGAAAGAAGAAACCUGGAGCGAGUUCAUCUGAAUCCAAGCUGGGAACUGUCGACAAGCGUGCAAUUGGUCAUUUGAAAUCAAGGCAGACUGGCAUUUCCCCGAGUGGAAGUAUUCAUACAGUUGGUGGUAAAGCAAGUUUUUCUGAACUUCAGCGAGAACCUCACGCGAAACCGCGCAGAAACAGUGGGCGAGAAAAUCUGCGGAAGUUGCAUGGUGAGCCGUGGAAAGCAGAGAUUGCGUGUAACAGAAGUGGUACAAUCGGAAGUCUUCCAGCGAAGUCUGUGUCAACGGAUGGAGUUCUCAUUGCACAUGGACAUUAUCUCUGCUCAGUGGAACGCAUACACGAUGAUAAAGUUGAUGUGCUUCUACCUGGAGGAUUGAAGUCUGCAGUCCUGAUUACCGAAAUCAGUGAUGCUUAUACUAUGAGGCUUACUGAGCUUUCUGAGGAAGAAUUAGCGAAUACGUUCCUCGAGGAUUUAUUUCAAGCAAAGCAGUUGCUUAGCUGUCGAGUUUACAUUGAAGAUGGUAAACGGAUCGCUUCAUUCAAUCCUAGACGGGUCAAUGAAGGGGUCACAUCGACAGUUUUAAAACCCGGCUUUGUCCUUCAAGGAGCGGUAAGCUCCUUAGAGGGCUCGAAAAUUGAAAUUGACGUUGGAAUUGAAGGAGUGCAAGUGACUACGUCGACGGAAUCCAUGAAGAAACUAGAAGAAUGGUUAGGGAAAAAAAUUGGAGUUGGUCAUAUUUUGUGGUGCGCAAUUGUUAACGUUUCUGGUCACGUCGGCGGCUUAUCCGUGAAAGUCUCCGUUGAUCCCAAAGAAGUUUCUAAGGCGACGGUCGUUAAAGCGAAGAAGCUGACGUUACAGUCACUGAAAGUUGGUCUUCUUGUGGAAUGCACUAUUAGUUCUUGCGAAGAAGAUGGAAGUCUGAAGGUCAAGAUUUUUAAUCGAUAUGAUGCAAUUGUGCCGAGAGAGCAUCGCAGAAAACCUGCAAAAAAGUCGCCUGGUCUUGAACCGGGAACUCUGAUUGUAGGGAGGAUUUUUGUCAAUCGUGAUGGCUGCUGCAUUGUUUCCUUGAGAGAUUUUAUCUGCAAAAAUUUAUCUUGCUCCUCAUUGUCAUGGGAAUCAACUGAGAUGACCGUUGGAAAAGUUGGAUGGACUACUAAUGAAUGGUUGUUUGCAAAAAUUUCCGAGGACUCUUUUGGGAUAGUUUCCAUGCAAGAAUUUUCGAAAAGUGCAUCGAAGAACCCUGCGAUAGGGUCGAAUAUUUCCAUGCGUUUCAUCCGUCCUUUUGACAUCGAUGGCAUUGCAAUGUUCUCUACGGAAGAUAAGACCUACGAAGAAAUAUCCUCGGCUGUUAAUGCUCAAGUUGGAGAUCUAGUGGCUGGAACAAUAACCGAAGCAUCGGAGGACGGCAUUAUUCUAGACUUGCCUCUGAAAGGGACGGGAUUCAUUCCGCUAGGAUUGGCUAUAAACUGGUAUGCGGACAAUCGCAAGAAGAAAAUUCUAGCGAAGUGGUUUCCUGUUGGAAAAGAGUUACGCUGUCGCGUUUGGAGUGUGGCUCAGGGAAGAUUAACUCUUGCUUGUCACGUUGCCGUGUUGAAAUAUGCCGACAGAGAAGAACGAAACUUUUUGUCUGUGACCGAGGAUCACGUUGGACGAGUCAUUCCACUUCUGGUUACCCGGAUUCAAAAAACAGGGGCAGUUUGCUCAACUUUCAACGACGUGCAGUGUUUUCUCCCGUGGGCGCAUAUUGAAGACCGAAAUGUCUGUUCCCGGGGAAAACUGGUGUUGGCGAAGGUUCUUAACGUUGCGGAUUCCAGCAUGCACCCAUCCAUUAGGAUUACGUGUUCCAUGAAGUCAGAAAAUGAACCAUCCGUGGGGGAAUGUCUAUCUCAUGUUAAACUGAAUGCGAAAAAAAACGACCACUUCGUCGUUAGCGGUGAAUAUCGACUGGGAGAAGUAUCUGGAAUUAUCCCCGAAUAUCAUCUCUCGGAUUUUCCGGACCUGGCUGAAGCGUGGUUUGCUCUUCUGCAAGAAGGAGCUGAAUUGAAAGGCGUUCGGUUGUGGUCCAACCAACAGGGGAAAAAGAUUUACACGUGCAAGCAAUCCAUUUGUCAAAUUUUUAAAGCUCAAGAAGAAAAUAUUUACCCCAAAAUCAACACUGAGCUGAAAGAAGGACAGCUGAUCUCGGGUGUCGUCCAGGAAAUUGCUGAAACAAUGCUGAAGCUGCAACUUCCUCUGCAGCCUCCUGCCAACCAUGGAUCCGUGUAUUUGAGAAAUGCGAGUGACUUGAAUGUAGGCUCUCUGCAAGAUCUGGGAGGAGUUGCGGUUGGCUCAAGUGUGCUUGGAAGAGUUAUCCGGGUUCUGAAUCGACAAUAUGCUUCUGGUGCUGAGCUUACAUUGAGCCCUUUCAAUGUACUGCAAAACCCGAAAGAGGCGGGAAGACAUUUGGAGAAGUAUUUCGACCAAUAUGAUGUAUUUUGCAAUGCGUCAGUUCCGUUACUAGUUGAGAAGAAACUUACUAAGCCGGACUGGCUUGGGCGAAUCACAGCAAAGCUUGUCAGUGGAAAAGCGGAAAAUACUGAUCAUCAGUUUUUAGUGAAAGUGGGAAAGGGAGUCGACUCCGAAAUAUCCGCGGCGCAUGUGAUAAUUCCACCUUCCAGGAUUGAUGGCAUUAAAAUAGAAAAAGGAGAGAAGCUCGAGUGCAUUUCACUUUUUUACCGGCUCUCUGAUAAGAAGUUGUUCUUAUUGCCACGCUGCUUUCUGGAGGAAAGUGGAGGAGAGUCUGAGGAUCGUCAUGGAAAGGUUCUGCUGUGUGAAAGGCAGUUCGUAGUGCUAUUGGCGCCAGGGAAGGUUUCGGGUUGGAGAGUAGUUUUUGCACCUUCUCAAGUUCACCUCUGUGAUGUUGUUGAUCGAAGAGGAAUGUUCUUGGUGGACGAUGACGUCCCCAUCUCGGCGUUUCCGGUUGUUCAUGAAGGACGAUGGAUCUUGCCGUAUCCUACGAAAGCACCCCGAAAACAUCCCAAGGAACCCUUGGAAACCAAGAAAAGAGCUGACGGAGGAGUAGAAUCCAGUUUCGCGAAGUCCGCUGGGAAAAAAAGAAGAGCAGAGAUUGACGAUGAAAACGGAAAAGAUCUGAAACGUGAGCGCACUGAAAGCACGUCUGAUGUGGAUAUUUUGGAAACGGAACAUCUGGAGAAGAAGAAUCAGAAAAUUUCUGAGACGUCUUCCACAAAGGAAUCAAAGAAAAGAAAGAAAUCUUCGAGCAAAUCGUUGAAAAAUGAGGAAGAAUCUGAGGAACCAAAAGCCAAAACCUCAAAUAACGUGUCUUCAGUCCAGCCGGGACUUUUUGUUGGUUCAAAAUUCGAAUGGAUCAAUCCGCUAGAAAACUUCGAAUCCUCAAGAAAUCAUUUAGUUUCAAUUUCAAACGUUGACGAUGAAAAAGAGACGAAAGUUGACCCAAAAAAAGAGGAAGAAAUAACGCGCAGAGCGGAAAUGGAACUCAUGGAUCCCCUGCGAGCCCCGCGAACUACUGAGGAUUUUGACAGACUUGUUCUUUGUUCACCAAACUCUUCAAUUUGCUGGAUCAAAUACAUGGUUUUUCAUCUUCAGGGCGGUGAAGUCGAUGAAGCUAGAGAAGUUGCGAAGCGAGCGCUGAAAACCAUAAAUUUCCGGGAAGAGCAAGAACGUUUAAAUGUGUGGACUGCGCUGCUGAACAUGGAAAACUUGUAUGGAACUCCGGAUUCCAUGGAGGCUGCAUUCAAAGAAGCCCUCCAAACCAACGACCAGCUUUCCGUGUUUCGAAAAACAGUUGAAAUCUACGAAGAAUCACAUAAACACGAGAAAGUCGCAGAAUUGUUCGAGAAGAUGGUGAAAAAAUUCAAAAGCAACAAGGAUGUCUGGAUUGAUUUUGCUGCAUUCUACAUGCGAAUAGACAAGUUGGAAGACGGGAGGACUGUUUUUAAUCGGUGUCUUAAAAGUUUGGCAUCACCAACACACUUGGAUGUUAUGUCGAAAUGGGCCCAAUUAGAAUUGAAACACGGUGACCCGGAAAGAGGCAAAACUUUGUAUGAAAAGCUUUUAAAAACGUUCCCGAAACGGAUGGACAUUCUGAAUGUGUACAUCGAUGCACUCGUGAAGUUUGGAAACGUCGAUGGCGCCAGGGCCGUAUUGGAGAAAAUGACGCUAGCUGAGCUGCCAAUGAAAAAGAUGCAGGCCGUGUUCAAGAAGUACAUCGCUUUCGAAAGUACUCACGGAAGCGCUGCGAAGCUUCAAGCUGUGAAAGAUCAAGCCGACGCAUAUUUGCGCGAAAGAACGGAGGCACAAUGAUGGUUGUCCUCUAUUGAUUUUGAAAAGAACGGGCUUUUUGAGUGAAACCCAGAGCUGAUUUCUUUUGGUGGAGGA